AUGCCCUACUUAAACAAAGAAAGUGUUGUGGGUGCUUCUAAAACCCUUAAUGAUAUACUAAUAUCUAAGGGAUACAUAGAUGAACCAUUAUUAUUCCCAACCAUUGACUUUGACCAAUUGAAAACGGGCCAAUCCCAAGAAUUCCCUGAGUUACAGGUGACUGAGAAAAUUUAUAACAAUGAUAAAAAUAUCAUUAAUAUCAUUCAUGGAUUGAUUCAGAGUGUUGAUAGAAAUAAAGAUCAGAAUACUACUUUCAAUAAGAUAUUAACUAGGAAAGAUGAGACCAUUAAGGACUUACAAGCGAAAAACCUUUUGUUACAGAAAGAAAUCAAUAAGAACUUGAAACAUAUUCAACAACAACAAAAUGAAAUUGAAAUUUUGAAUAAUAGAAAGUUCGAAUUGACAUCAAGGAAUAAUUUAAUGAUGAAAAAUAUCAGUAGAUUCAAACAAAAAUUCAAAGAUUUGGAAAUCAAAUACGAAAUUGAAAUCAAAAGACAAUUAAUCGAGAUUGAUACAUUGAAAAAUCAAUUAAUCAAUAAGAAAAAUUUAAGUACUUCAAUAACGUAUGGAAUAAAGACCAAAAGAUUGAAAACAGAUUUUACUCCUAACACUAUUAUUGGUAAUAAUCCCAUCAUUAAUAAUACCUUUACUGAAGAUAUAGUUACACCACAAUUGAAUAUCGAAUAUGAAGAUAUGAUAAAUCAUUUAUCUUCAUUAGUUGAUAACUUAUUGAGAGAAAAUCAUAAACUAACAAAAUUCAUGAAGUCAAUGACAUCAUAUUUUUCAAAUUUGAAUAAUAAUUUAUAUCAAUUCCAAAAUAAUCCUAAUAUAGUAAUAUCCAAUCCUUCAGAUUUCAUUUCCAAUACUGAUGAUGACAUUGAAAUAGAUAUAAAAGACGUUGAAGGGUAUGAUACUGUAGUGACGCCGUUUUUGAAUAAUAUCUAUAAGAAUUAUCAUCAUUUGAAAGAUGUGAUUGAUGGGUUUAAUAAUAUAGAAGAUCCCGAUGUGGAAAACUUGAAAAAUGAAUUAAACAUAGUGACCAAAAAUUGGGAAGAUGCUAUGAAAACAUUGGAAGAUUGGAAAUCUAGAAGAAAGUAG